AUGGCACAUUCCGAUGAUGUCCGUCCGUCAGACCCCAAGAACGCUGUUGACCUCCAUAUUGACUCAGCCGAUUCGGAUUCCUCCAAGUCAAUACCCUCAACCAAGGUAAUCCCUCUCAUCCCUACACUUCCCCUCGCUGCACCAGAGGAACCUCGGAGCUGGUGGCAACGACGGCCUAAACAGGAUGGAGAGGCUAUUGCAACCCGUCGGUCCGUCUUUGACGACCCGGACAUGGCGAGGCACUACCAGCCACGAUCUGACUGGGAGAAUCUGCAUCGAUUUGAUCCUUCCGAGAGGUGGAAUUUCAAUGAGGAGCGCAAGGUCAUUCGAAAGAUUGACAAACGGAUCAUGAUAUUCGCUUGUGUCAUGUUUAUGGCUCUUGAGCUGGAUCGAUCAAAUUUGUCUCAAGCUGUCUCGGAUAACUUUCUGCCAGACCUGAAGAUGGACACCAAUGAUUAUAACCUUGGAAACACCGUCUUCAAGUUGUCUUUCUUGUGUGCCGAACUUCCCUCGCAGCUUGUCAGCAAAUACCUUGGACCUGACCGUUGGAUUCCGAUGCAGUUGUGCCUCUGGAGUCUUAUCUCUGCGACGAUCCUAUACCUGAGUUAUUUCUACACUGCGAGUGAACUCACUGUUCGUCUGGCCUUCUUUUGGACGGCGUACAACGUCGCCGAUAUCAUCAGCGGGUUUCUCGGAGCAGGCUUCCUCCAACUGCGAGGUUGGCAUGGGUAUGAGGGCUGGAGAUGGUUGUUUCUCUUUGAGGGCCUGCUGACGCUCGCGGUUGGCAUCUCCGCAUGGUUUCUCAUGCCUGCUGGACCCACUCAAACCUCAGGCAUUCUCCGUGGUAAGAACGGUUGGUUCACUGAGCGAGAGGAGCGUAUCAUGGUGAACCGAGUGAUCCGUGACGAUCCCAGCAAGGGCGACAUGCAUAACCGCCAACCCAUUACUCCGAAGUUGCUAUGGGCAUCGCUCAAGGACUACGACCUCUGGCCAAUCUAUGCCAUAGGUUUGACCUUCUUGAUCCCAGCCACGCCACCCGCUCAGUACUUUACCUUGACCCUCCGGGGCCUCGGCUUUAAUGUUCUUGUCACCAAUCUUUUGACCAUUCCCUAUACGAUCCUCUCCAUUGGUGGCUUGCUACUGAUCUCGUACCUUGCUGAGAAGUGGAAUGAGAGAUCUCUGCUUGGCCUAGCUGUUCAGAUCUGGAAACUUCCGUUCAUGAUCUAUCUGUACGUCGUGGACAUGAGCACGGUCAACAGAUGGGCCUCGUUCGCGGUGUUGACGCUGUUGCUUGGUUCUCCGACUGCCCAUCCAAUCCAAGUCAGUUGGAACUCACGCAACUCCAAUACCGUUCGUUUGAGGACAGUCUCGGCGGCUGUUUACAACAUGUCCGUUCAAUCCGCCGGUAUUAUCGCAUCCAAUGUGUACCGCAAAGAAGACGCGCCGAGAUACCGUGAAGGAAACAAGAAUCUUUUGGCGAUCAUUGCGCUCAACAUUACAUUGUAUCUGUUGACCAGAACCUACUACAUUUGGAGAAACAAGAGCCGAGAUAGGAUUUGGGACGCCAUGGAUGAUGGGCAGAAGAAGCAUUAUCUUGACACCACAAAGGAUGAAGGCAAUAAGCGACUUGACUUUCGGUUUGCAUAUUAG